GCCCUUCCUGAGACCAGGCUCCACUUUCAGCACUCCGAAGGGGCCUCAGUGCCUGGACGCAGGGCUCUGGCGGUUGUGGCUGCAGUGCUGUCCGCGCUCUGAUGCGCAGGAGCGUAGCCGGGCCCCUGCGCCCCGCUUUUCUGACAGCUGCACACCAGAUGUGUCCCGAGACCGUUCCCAUUGGCAUGAGCUUUUUUCUGGGGCGGGCCUGUCUUCCCCCAGUGGGUUUGCAGUGGUCUGCAGGGUGUGGUUGUGGGUGCUCGCGAUGCCCUGGCCCCGGCGGGAAGGCCACUGGUGGGAUGAAGGUGUACCUGGGGCCACUCACGCCGUCGGCAGUGGUUCCCUGGGGCCCCUGGGGUAGCAUUCACCAGGUGGGGGGCUGCAGGGUUCGGAGCUGCCCAGACAGAGUGCAUGGCCACCCCUCUCUGCCUGUGUCCCACAUUAACUGAAACCUCCGGUGCACUGCAGUGUCUUCAUCAUCUUCUUGUCCCAUGUUGGUUCCUGGCAGGGUCCCACUCCAGUGUGCUUCUCUGAUCUGGAGCUGUGGCCUCUGCCAUAUGCUCAGUUCCCACUGGGUCUACCCCCUCCUCAGCCUCAUCUCAGUCACAGGGCUGCUGGCCUUCUUGGGCCCACCUGCCCCCACUGUGAUCCCAUCCCUUUGCAUGGUGUAAAUCCCACCUGUGUGUGCGUGACUCCCAACCCCAGCACAGGACCCCUGCCCUCAAUGGGGCCACCAGUCUCAGCCUGGUGCCCAGCGGUCCUCUGUGCCUGUUCUCCAGUGGUCCUCUGUGCCUGUUCGAGCACCCCCUUCCUUCCUUCCCUGCCCAGCACGGCCAGCUUCUGCAUGACCUGCAUACUCUCUGACCCUCCUGCCCGUGUGUGGUGGACACUGGGUGCACAGACACUGCCCCCCAGCACCUGUGAGGGUGUGGCUACACACACCUUGAAGUAGCUGGUGAAACACAAGCUCCUGCUCUUCCGGGCCCCAAAACGUGAACUCUCGGGGAGAGAAGCACUCAGCGGACUAGAUUUGUUGAUAGUGAUGUGUCUACAGAGGUGCAGAGGGACCAGAGCUGGCCGUCUCCAGAAGAAGGGCAGUGUGCACCUCACAGAGGAGAUAAUCCAGAAGGCGGUUUCCACGUGGAGCCCCAGCGUCACAGUGUGUGCAGAGGUGAAGGUCUGUUCUAGAUGCAAACUCAGGAGGAUGUCCCUGUGGCCUCAGGGUGGCGCAGGGUCCCCAGCAGGAUGCCUGCCGUCACUAAGGAAGAGGCAGCAGCACCAGGGUUUGUUAACGUUAAGAACUUCUUUUCAUGAAAAGAAACCGAGGAGAGCGCGUGCCCCAGCAGCCCAGAUGGUCGCGGCACCUGUGUGGGGCCACUGCGCCCUCUGCCUUGGACGUCUUGCUGGCAUCUCCCGGGAGGGGAGAGCUAGGCCCACCUCUGGUCGCUGUUUUAACGUCUUUACUGUCACUCCCACCCUCGAGGGUCCAUGGACGUCAGAGGGCUGUCAGCAGGAAAGAGGAGGACCUGGCAAGACCGCAUGGAUGGAGGACACACAGGCUGCGAGGAGCUGGGGAAGAGACCGCCUCUUGGAAUUUAGAGCAAAACUGAGAAAGGACUUAGUGAACAUCGAGAUGUUCCUGACGGCCAAAGAGGUGGAGGAGUCCCUGGAGAGGCGCGAGACCGCCACCUGCCUGGCCUGGUGCCACGACAACAAGUCCCGCCUGCGCAAGAUGAAGGGCCGCCAAAGCGAGCACGACGCGAAGACGGGACGGAAAAGUAGAGUGGCCAGUGGCUCCCUUAAAGAGAGUGAGGAUCUUGGUAUGGAAACCAUAAAAGGAAGGCCAGAAUUGAGCUGCCUGGAGUUUAGCCUAAGGAUCCAGGAGUUCAUUGAACUCAUCCGGCAGAACAAGAGGCUGGACGCUGUGAGACAUGCAAGAAAGCACUUCAGUCAGGCCGAAGGGAGCCAGCUGGACGAGGUCCGCCAGGUGAUGGGCAUGCUGGCCUUCCCGCCGGACACGCAUAUCUCUCCCUACAAGGACCUGCUGGACCCUGCCCGGUGGCGAAUGCUCAUCCAGCAGUUCCGCUAUGACAACUACCGGCUGCACCAGCUGGGGAACAACUCCGUGUUCACCCUCACCCUGCAGGCCGGCCUCUCGGCGAUAAAGACACCGCAGUGCUACAAAGAGGACGGCAGCUCGCGGAGCCCCGACUGCCCGGUGUGCAGUCGCUCCCUGAACAAGCUGGCGCAGCCGCUGCCCAUGGCCCACUGCGCCAACUCGCGCCUGGUCUGCAAGAUCUCGGGAGACGUCAUGAACGAGAACAACCCACCCAUGAUGCUGCCCAACGGCUACGUCUACGGCUACAAUUCCCUGCUCUCCAUCCGGCAGGAUGAUAAGGUCGUCUGCCCGAGAACCAAAGAGGUCUUCCACUUCUCCCAGGCCGAGAAGGUGUACAUCAUGUAGGCGGCGGCGCGUCGCCCGGCAGCCGCAGGCCCUCCUGCCUGCGUCUCUGUUUCUUGCGACCAAAGAUCAGUGAGCAACGACACACACUCUCGGGAAAAGAGGGAGGAAGAUUUAACGAGCUCUGGCUUGAUUUUGUAACAAGUCAGCUGUCUGACACUUCUGAAGCGUGCUUUCACCUUUCAGAGAAACUUUUCUUUAAAGACUGACUCAGCAGAGGGGCACUAGGACAUUUCAGAUAGGACUCUGUUACCUCCCGUGCGCCCACACUUCCCUCCCUCUUGCUGAUGAUGAACCUAGGGGAACAGGCUGGUCCUCGGCUGUGGCCCCAAAGCCGUGGCAGCCACGCCAGACUGACCUGUGGCGACUCAGUGCCACGAAGGGCCCCGUCACUUCUCUGUAGAGCUGCUGCCAAACGCCAGCCCGUGGCCUGGGCGGGGCUGGCUUCCAGGUGGCCGUCUGCCCUUGGCCGCGGCUGUGGGGCUGUUAGGAUGCAUAGGUCCAGUAUCACGUCACUCCUGCCGCCUUACCUCCGCCUGAGAAUGUAUCACGUGGAAAUCCACUGGACCCAGUGUCUGCAGAGGCCUUGCUGAUGGUUCCAUAACUUUAGCUCUAAAUUCUCUUCAUUACAGAAACAAUAGUGCAGUUGAAAUAACCACCGACGACUUUUCAAAUCAGAUGAACCAUUGUAGUUUAUACAAGCCCGUGCGUAGAGGUUUGUACUCAGCGCUUAUUUUUGCAUGUUGAUGUUGAUUAGCUAAUAAACGAUAAACGUAAGACAGGCCGAUAAA